AUGCGGGGUCCAGCGGUGACCUCAGGGACUCAGGAGCGGGGAGGCGGCCGCGGCCUGUAUUUGGAGCCAAGCGAGCCCGGUCCCUCUCGCUCCAGUGCCCUGGGGGCCUGCCCCGCCUCUGGCGCGCCGCCCUCUGGAGCCGGCCCACCGGCUGCCCUGCCCGCGGCCGGGAGGUGCGGGGGACCGGGGCGGCCGCGGGUGGCGGCGCGUGGGGGACCGCGGGUGGUGGCGCGUGGGGGGCCGCCGCGCCCGCAGCCGGACCUCGGCGACCGCCACGCCAAGACUUCGGCCGAGUCCGACGCGUUCUUCCAGUUCUGCGGCCUGGAGCCGGACGUGCUGGAGGCGCUCGGGCGCGACAACUUCGCCGCCGGCUGGGACCCCGUCGCCCUCCAGGUGCGCAGCGUGAGCGUCGCCACUUCCGACAGCGAGUCCUCCGGGCACAGCGGGGAAGACCGCGGGCUGCAGGCGGAGGAGCUGGCGGAGCAGGUGCCCAGCACCACCUCGGUCAUCGAGCGGAACGCCCGCAUCAUCAGGUGGCUGUACACCUGCAAGAAGGCCCGGGAGACGCAGGGGCUGCAGGGCCCGGCGUGACCGCCCGCGGGGCGCCAGGAGCGGAGGAAGUAAAACUUCCCUUCGAUGAUGGGGAUGCCUGAAGUGUGACUUGGGACCCAAGGCCAUUUGCCCACUGUGCCCGGGCGACCACGUGAUUGCUGCUUUCCCACGAAUAAAGCACCCCACCGACAAAGCUAAGGUGAUUUCAGAAGGUUUGAAAUGCUGUGGAGGAGAUGGGAACACAGACCUUGAAAAUUAGCAGAAUUAGGACUGUCAUAGCAGCCAAGCACUGAGAGACGUUUUCCUUGUUAGAGGGUCUGUCCCUGCUUCCAGACGGCAGCGGGAAAGGGAAAAGCUGUUCGGAAGUAUUUUCAGGGACAUCUUUUUGACCGACUUGCUGGCAAAAGAGAUGCUGUGAAGUGUUUUAACAAUGUCUCAGUUGAUUUUUUUUUUUAAAGGUGAAGAGUAUGAAGAUCAGGCCUGAAUGUCAGGGUAUUUACUCCUUCCUACCGUCCUGGACUUAAUGACACCAUUUAAAUCAAAGUUCUGCAAUUCACAAGAAGGUGUAUUCUGUUUAAAUACUACAGCCUGCAGACUCACACAUACCAUACACAGACCCGUUUCCAAAGCAUUACAGUUCUGUAAACGACACUUAAUGCCCAAACUAUAUGACUGAUUGUCUUUUUGAAUGAGUCAGAAAGCACUUUUAAAGUCCCUUGAGGCCUACGAGGUCAUUCUGUUUAUGCCAGUAUGCAUAGGGUCUUGGGCUUGUGGAAGUACCCGUUAAAAGAUAAGUUACAGCUGAGAUACUGCUAUUUUAUUGCACCUGGACAGUUUCUUGAGAAAUGGCAGAAAAAUCUUGGAGUUUUUCCUUUCAUCAGACCAAUAGCAGCAUUCCACUAUACCUGCACAGUUCUCUUGUUCCCAGCCUCCAAGAAGGACGGAAACCUUAGUUUAUACAGAACUUGGGCAUCUGAGGGCCGGGACUUUUCACAGUCCUUUGGUCCAACUCGCACCUCUACAUAUCAUGUAACCAUCCCCAAAUCUGGCACCAGUUCACAGUUUUCUGCAAAAGUUACAUUUUAAAACAAGGGGCAGCCUCUGGCUGUCUGGGAGACUCUAUGAUCAGAAGGUGCGUAAAGAGUUAUUGUGACCUUAAGUCUGAACUUGCUCAUGACACCCAGAGUAAGUAGAUUUCAGAUUCACAACACAAAGAAAAUGUGGAACUUAGCUAACUCUUUCAAAGUUUACCAUGUUUCAUCAAAAUAUAUCUCUUUAGGGACAAAAUUACUAGAGAGAAGAAUAUGGAGGGGAGAGAAAUGUGUUUCCCAGUGGUAAAAUAUUUUAUAAAGCAUUCCAUUUUGCUAUAGUUAUGUAUUUGUUUAAUAUUGUAUUAAAUUUUUGUAACUUUUACUGUGAGAUUAGGUCUGUGUGUUACUCGAAUAUUUAUUUUUACACAGUUAUCAGUCUUCAGGUAGUUUUCCUUUACUUCAUAUCGUUUUAAUUUUUAUCAAUAUAAUAAUUUUAAAUCAUUUUCUCCUUGGUCAUCUUUUUGUAUAUAUUGUUUAAUUGAACUUUUGUCUUUAGAGUGCAAGUGGUCUUGCACAGUGCUCAGUACCAUAGUGAUUUGUUUUCAAGUAAGUCCCAGAUACACAUUUUUGGAGGCUUUGUCUAAAUGUAGACUCAGACUCAAACAGCGGGUUCUCUGCUGUAGGAAUGUUUUCCCAGUCAUUCCUCUGAAAAUGCUGCUAUUUGGCUGCUCACUGUAUUGCACUUAGUUUUUAAAAAAAAAAAAGACAAUGUCAAAGAGGAGAGCAAUUCUGGAGAAGAUAUCGGAGAUGGGGCAUGAGGAAUAGGGGAGCAGGGUGGCACCAGGCUCCAGAGCAGUGAGCACAUUCUGCUUCCUUUCCACGUAGACUCGCGCUCAGCCUCAUGUCUUGAGUAUGUGCUUAGACAUGACAAGUCCUUUCCUAAACCUGAACCGCCCCAAUUUGCUGAGCGACUGAAGAAAAUCAAACACUGUGGCUCAAUCCAGAUGGGAAGCUUGUAAGUGCUUUUCCCAAGGUCGAGCAGUAGUUGCCGCUACAAAGUACUUUGAUCUGUCCGUGAAAGAAUAGCAUAUAAAAUAACGUGAUUAAACAAAAUGGAAAAAAAUGAUGGUUAAAGCAAGGAAAAUAACUUGGCAGCAGUCUUUUUCAUUAAUAUGCGGGUGAGGAUUUGCAGUGCCUCAGACUGAAAGGUAUUCACGUGACUAGAAAGUUUCCUCAUUAUAUGUAUGUAUACAUGUACAUAUAUAUGUGGUUUUUAAACUACUGAUCAUUGACAGUGAAAUAAGAAGGAGGUUUCAAUGGGCAUUGGCUCUUUUCAGUAGGUUCAAAGUUCAGUGCUGUGGUUAUAGUUGGUGAUGCCAUAAAAAAACAUGCCUGACAAUUGUUUUAGAAGUUUCUAAAUAGAGUUUUUCUACACACUGCUUGCAACUGGAGUGCAAAUAUUACAUAUUCUGUAUUAAAGAAAUAAAGAAUUUUUAUCACUUAUUAA